CACUUUUCUACGCACUGCUUGAUGACAUCCAAGCAAUUUCUCAUCUUCAUUUUUCUGCUGAUACCAUGGCCCCCCUCGAACGUCUUCAAGAUCCUCUGCUCGAGAGAUAACAGUCGGCUAGUCCGCAAAAUUGUGCGCUCCAAAUGGACGCCCAUAUUGGAUAAGCAUCAGGUAAAGUUGCCCUUGGAGUGUCCACUGCAUCCAUUGCGAGAUGUCUUUGCUCCGCGCCAGGAUGAGAAGCAGCGAGAUCGUCCCACUCAGUGGACAUGCAGGCGUUGCGGCAAAAGUUUCUACCAGGAGAAAUAUCUGGAUUUGCACUUUGACACACGUCACAAGUCGAUCAUCAACGAGGCGGAGGAUGCCGUUUGUCUGGCCGACUUUUGUGACAUAAUGCGUUGUGAGGUAUUUCAAACGGAGGACGGUUCUAGCCUUAAGUUUGGCGAUCAGCACAUCGUCACCGAUAUCGAAGUUUGGGGUGACUCUCUGGGUCAGAACUCCGCACUGGCCAAAGCGAAUGCCGCAUACUUGAGUUUAAUACCAAGAACUUCCACAUUGAGUGCCACGCGUGCAGCCAAAGUACAAAAUCGUCAAUUACUCCAAGAGAAGCCAAGCCAAAGCCGGGAGCAGUCGUCAUCCGAUGGAGCGGGAGUCGGAGCUGGAGUAGGAACUGGAAUAGGAGCUGGAGCUGGAGAGGAUGGUUCCGCAGCCAAGCCCAAGUCGGCGGGCGAGAAGCUGCUCAUGAAGCUAAAGGAACUGGGAAAAGGACACUUGAAGCGACCAGAUGUAGCUGACUCCGAUGCCGAGACCGAGUUGAAACAGAAUGAGACGGAGGAGGGCGAGCAAAGUGAAGAUGCCGAGGGCAGUGGACAGCCGGAUGCAACCCAGUUACCGGACGGAGUCACUGGUCAGACCAAGGUGCGUGCCAACUGCAAACCGGAGGAGCUGAGCAAACUGAAAACACGUUGCGAGCAGCUCUUGAGAAGCUGCAUUGGCGGCCUCUUGUUGUCCAUGUCGGAUCAGGGCUUCAAGGAGAUGGAGGAGGAGAUGAACAAGGCGGUAUGCUGGUAUCUCACCUGUGAUCGCUACUGGGAGGAUGGUCCCCUCGAGCCACGUGCCUUUCCCUGGGGUCUCAUUGUCAUCCUCAUCUUUGUGCUGUCGACGGGCAUUUGUUUCUGCUACUACAUCAUUUGGAUACUCUUUGACUCCGAAGAAACGACAAUCAAUGCCAACCAUUAUGUAGGCGCCGGAUCCGGCGGCAGCAUAUACAUGCCUGCUCCACAUCACUACCAUGUCGACUAUGCGUCGCAACACGAUCUGCAGCUGGACGACGCCGCGAUACCUGGACAGCAGCAACAACUACAGCAGCAACAACUGCAACAGCAACAACUGCAACAGCAACAGCAGCAGCAACAGUUUUAUUACCAGCAACAGCAGCAGCAACAGGUGGCAACAGCUCGAGAUUUGUACCCCGAGCCCGUGCAAUAUCAUCGGCACAGUCCGCGACACUACAUCGCCGAUCAGCGUCCAGCGGGAGCAGUGUCGUCGGUGGUGGCAGCGUCGUCGUCCUCGAUGGGCACACCAACAACAGCAUCGGUGUCAGGCGUCCGGCAAGUGGGAGCAUCCUCCUCCAACGCCAACACUCCGAUGCACCGGCACUCGACGAGCCUGGUCUACCCACAGGACAUUUUAGACCGACGCGACUAUACAAGUAACACCAGUCGACCUAUUGCCACAACCAGUGUGGUGAGCAAUGUGAGCAAUGUGAUUGAACCGGCGUCGUCGUCAUCGUCGUCACGUCACUACAACACACAUCCCCGGCCGCUGGAGACGCGUCAUCGUCAUGUGGGCGCCUCUCAGCAAUCGUUGCGCACUUCAUCCUCUACGCAUGAGAUUGUGCAGAGUGAAGUGGGUGGACAGAACGAGCAUUAUAUAUAUGUCACGUAUCCGCCGGAUAUAAAAAAGCGUUACUUUGACAAGUACGAGUAGUUAGACCAAAGAGCGCAUUCUUAACUAAAGAGAGAGCGCUACGUAACGUAACGAACGUAACGUAACGAACGUGAACCUAACCCCAGUUGGUUUUUUACUUUAGCCUGCAAAUUCUAGAUUUGUGAACUGUGCUGUUUUUUUUGGAAUUCUACAAAAAUCGAAUAAAAUGCAAUACAUAUUUCUGUAUAUAAACAGCCACGUGCCGAAACAUUAAAAAAAAA